AUGAUUGAUAUUGAUAAUACUUAUGAACCAAAGAAUUUUGAUAUUCUUUUAACGGACGUUUGUGGAAAAGACCUUCGCGAAGGAAUAUCAGAAAGACUUGGAGUAGAUCAUCUUUCGGACUCCUCAAAAAAAUUUGAUGAUGAUAUUAAUGGAAUUAUGUACGGGGUCAACUUUCGGCUUUUUUGUGCAACGACGAUAAAAAUCAACAAAAAGAUCAAGGUUGUACACUUCCUCUUAGAUACAGGUUCUCCAGUUACCUAUAUCAGUGAGGAUGUAUUAAAUGCAUUCGGUGUGUCUGCAAUCAGACCAAAUGAUAAAAUUCUCGUAGAAAUUAAUAAUAUACGAACAUUUGUCAUGAUGUCACCAACGAUUUCACAUUUCAGUGAAAUAAAUCUUAUUGGAACGGAGUUUAUGGUCUUAUCUGAAUCAUUACUAACCGUAGAUUUCAGUAAAAGGCGCUUUUCUUUGAAAUUGAAUUUUUAUCAAAAUCAAGGGGUAGAAGAGGUGGAGACUAAAAGAAUGCUGGCUAUACAAAACAACAUUUCUUACAUUUAA